CUCGCCGUCACCCUCCCCUUCUCCUCCUCCCCCCCUCCUCGUCCGCCUUGCAUCAUCACCAUAACACGGAAGCAGUAGCCAUCCUGGAGGAGCAGGAGAGGUGCAGACCCAGGGAGGGAGGUUAGGACAGGUGAAAACAGGAUUAAAGGCGAGCAGAGACGCGGGCAGACGCGGGCGCAGAGACACAGAGACACACUGAGCGAGCAUCAUGGCGCUGAUCCCAUCACAGGUUCUCCGGGUCGCCAUCCUGCUGUCUUAUUUCUCUAUCCUCUGCCACUACAAAGCCUUAGACAUGCCGGCACACCAGACCUACGGAGGCAGCUGGAAGUUUCUGACCUUCAUCGACCUGGUGAUCCAGGCGGUGUUUUUCGGAGUGUGCGUCCUGAUCGAUGUGUCCAGCCUGCUGACUAAGGGAGGCGACAGCAGGGAGCAGGAGCGCCAGCUGAGGAAGCUGAUCGGCCUGAGGGACUGGAUGAUGGCUGUGCUGGCCUUCCCCGUCGGAGCGUUUGUGGUGUUUACGUUCUGGAGUCUCUACCUGUACGACAGAGAGCUGGUCUACCCCAGACUACUGGACAACUUCAUCCCUCAGUGGCUCAACCACGGCAUGCACACCACUGUUCUGCCCUUCAUCAUCAUCGAGAUGCGGACCACCCACCAUCGGUAUCCCAGCAGGUCGUGGGGUCUGGCGGCGGUGUGCUGCUUUGGCAUCGGCUACAUCCUCUGGACGUGUUGGGUGCACCAGGUGACGGGCGUGUGGGUGUACCCGGUGCUGGAGCGCAUCACCCCGGUGGCUCGGGUCGUCUUCUUCAGCGUGAUGACGGCCGUCAUCUGCGUCUUCUACACGCUCGGGGAAAUCCUCAACAGCUACAUCUGGGACCAGACACACACAGAAAAGGUCAAAGGUGAGUGAUCGCCUCUGGACGGCGCGGGCAUCGAAAUCGGCCUCAGUCGGACAGAGGAGGGCGAGUCGUGCCCCGCCCACCCGGGACAGCACAAGAGCGCAAAACAAAGGGACCUCUCCGGAAGUGGGAAAGACCAUCACCUUUGAACUGUUCCCAUGACAACGACACACACGACCACACGGGGAAAAACAACAGAUACAUGUAAAUACAGAACAAGGUGACGAAUGAAAACUUUUGAAUUUCCUGAGAUUUCUUUCUUCUUUCGUUUGUUUUGAUUUACAGAAUACUAAGCUGCCAUGUUGGCUCGGCUGUUUGAAGGACAACAUGUAGAACUGCACAGAUGCAUACAAGGGACAGAAACACUCUAAAAACUGUACUCGUAAUCUGCUAUGAACUCUUAUCAAAGUGAAUGAAUUCCUUCAUAAGCUACUAUGAAACUACUGAACAACAACAAUAAUAAUAUUAUUAUUAUUCAUCUUAUGAGUCACACGACAUGUAUUGAAGAAACUAGAUGUUGGUACAAAAUCAAUAAAGUUUGACCGGUAAAAUGUU